AACUCAUCUUUUCACUACAAUUAGUUUCAUUACACUGACUUUUUUUCACUUCUGGCAGUGAUGGAUUUCACAUCAGCUAACGGACAACACUUUAAUGAAAAACAGUACAAGCCACUAAAGAGAAAAAUGACACAUGAAGCUCAUGAACAACCUGAGCUCCAGACCAAAAAGAGAGACAUUUAUGAUCACUACAUCCUGGGAGAGCUGCUUGGGUAUGGAAGCUUUGGUUGCGUCUACGCAGGGGUUCGAAUAUCAGAUGGUAAAAAGGUGGCCCUGAAAAUCAUGAACAAAAUAAAUAAUCAUCAAAACAUCACCAUUGCCGGUGACGCACGCAGCCUGCCUGUUGAGGUGGCAUUAUUAGAACUCGUGUGCAAGCCGCCUCAUUGUCCAUUCGUAAUACAGCUGCUAGAAUGGUUUGAGACACCUGAUGCCAUCAUCUUGGUCCUGGAGCGGCCCGACCCCUGUGUUGACCUUUUCGACUUUUUGACGAAUAACAUAAUGAUUGAAACUGAAAUUAUAUUUAUCGUGCAGCAAAUUGUUCUUGCCGCAUGUCACUGCCGUAAUCAAGGUGUGUUUCAUCGAGACAUCAAAGCUGAAAAUGUUCUCUUGAACCUCUGA